AAAAAAAAAAUUGAUUGAAAUGGAGAAAAACAAUAAUGUUUGGAUUGGUUGGGAAAAAGAAAUGACACAAUUGGUUGAUGGGGCCACGUCUUCCAGUGUGUUUUCCACUUAUGAUCAGACAAUAAAAAAAAAUGAAGCGUCGAAUGCAUUAUCUCAAGUGUCAUUUAAUGAAUACUUUACGUACUAUGAAUCAAGUAAAGCAAUUAAUAACCCUAACAAUCCUUACCUGUGGAUUUUACUGCAUAGAAACGGUGUCCUUUUGAUAGGUUUUUCGGUUUUGAAUGACUUGCUUGUGGACGCCCGAAACCGUAGGGAACAAAAUGAACAAGUUUUUUUCAAAACCACGUAUCCCUCGUACAUUCAAGAUAAACAAAUUAGUGGCAAACGGCAUCAUGGAGCGACCCAUUGUGAUACCAAUCUUGUUCUUUGUACUGUGUCUCUUUGUGUUCAAACACAAGACAUUGUUGAAACGCUGAAAUCUUUGCAUGUGAAAUGUCCCGUCUUUGGAAAAAUAGUCGAUUACAACAGUCAUUUAGGUACAUUUUUGAACGCAUGGUUGGACACAAAACAAGAAACUAAUCUUUCUCCUUUUUGGAUUGUGAUGAUUGCUUCUCAAUCACAAAAACAAAUUGAGAAAACUCGUGCGUCCCUCAAAACCCAUGAAUAUCAAGACCAAACAUUGAAACCAUUUCCAAUUCAUGAAGCCAUUCAUUCAGUAGCGACUCUCUUUGUUUAAUUAACGUUACAGUCAUCCUGAUUCUUGCAAUAAGCUUUCUCAACUAAGUUUCGUUUUUGUUUUACUUGAAAUUUUUUUCACUUUGGCCCAACAUUUAAUGAGUGUAUUUUUUUUUCUUUAUCCGUUAAAGCGGCACAAUAAAAUGGCAUUGAGAGAGAUUCACACAUUUUUC